GCCUGGCCCCGUGUAAAACUACCCGUGUUCGCCGCCGCCGCCGCCUCCCUCCUCCUCAGCCUUUCCUAGGGUUUCCUCCCGCCCCACAUCCGCGGCCGCCGGCGGCGUCGUCUCGCGGCGGCGUCGGCGAAACCCGCCCGCCCGCCUCCUCCUCGGUCGCGCCGCGCCCCCCUCUCCUCCGCGAGCAAGCAAUGGCAGGGCAAGCAGGAAACCCAGCAAACCAUCAUAUAAGUCCCCACGUGAUAGGCGGCGCGUUUGUUCAGCAAUAUUAUCACAUUCUACAUGAGCAACCAGAUCAAGUGCACAAGUUUUACCAAGAAUCAAGUAUGCUUGGUCGACCAGAGUCCAAUGGAACCAUGGUGUAUGUAACCACUCUUGGUAACAUCAAUGAAAAAAUUAUGUCUAUGGACUUCAGGAAUUGCUUAACAGAGAUAGAGACGGCUGAUGCGCAGUUAUCUCACGAGGAUGGUGUGCUCAUUGUUGUUACUGGAUCCUUGACUUCAGAUGAAGGCGUUUGCCGUAGGUUUACCCAGUCAUUCUUCCUAGCUCCACAAGAAAGUGGUGGCUAUUUCGUUCUCAACGAUGUGUUUAGGUUUAUAUCAGAAAGGAAACCGGCUGAAAUUAAUCAAGUUGUUACUCAAGAAAAUGAAAGUAGUCAGAAUGGUAGAUCUGCAUCUGAAUCAUGUUCAGCAUUACCAGAACCUACUCCAGCUGACAGGAGUGUGAUCUCGGACCAUGUGACAACUGAGAAUAUUGUCACGGAGAGGCAAAUUAGCAACCCCCCUGUUAAUGGAACUGCUGUUGAAAAUAAUGUUCAUGCCGAGCCACCUGUGCAAGUGGCCAAAGAGGAUCCUAAAAAGGCCCCAGUCGCUGCUCCUCCCCCUCCUGCUCCAACUCCGACAGAUGUUACUAAGAAAUCUUAUGCAUCCAUUGUGAAGGACAUGAAGGAGGGCCCACCGACUCCACAAGUUGCCAAAACAACUCCAUCAGUUGCCAAACAAAAGCCAGCUCCUAAGCCAGUGUCCAAGGCUGUCGAAGGCCCGGAAAAAUCAUCUGCGAAACCUACCCAAGCUAAUGAAACCAGUGAUGGGAUUGUUGCCCAAAACAACUCUUCUCGCAAUGAGCCAGGCUAUUCAAUUUUCAUCAAAAAUUUGCCUUUCAGUGCAAAUAUUGAAAUUGUCGAGGAGGAGUUCAAGAGAUUUGGCACUAUAAAGCCAGGAGGCGUCCAAGUCCGGCACAACAAGGAUGAUCGUUUUGUCUUUGGCUUUGUCCAGUACGAGUCCCAGCAGUCUAUGCAAGCAGCAAUUGAGGCAUCUCCGAUUCAUAUGGAGGAGAAAGAAGUCCAUAUUGAGGCGAAAAGAGCCAAUUCACGAGGUGGUCGUUUCCAAUCUGGCAGGGGGGUGUACCAUGGUGAUAACUUCAGGGGACGUGGUGGCAGCUAUGUGGACAAUGCAAACUAUAGAGGCAGCGACAACUUCAAUCGCAGGAAUGAAGGCGAGGGCUACAACCGCAGGAACGAUGGAGACUUCUACAACCGCAGGAACGAUGGAGAGAUCUACCGCAGGAACGAUGGAGAGAUCUACAACCGCAGGAACGAUGGAGAGAACUACCACCGCAGGAAUGAUGGCGAUAACUACAACAUCAGGAACGAGCGGAGUGAUGGUGAUAACUACAACCGCAGGAACGAGAGGAGUGAUGGUGAGAACUUCAACCGCAGGAAUGACGGUGAGAACUUCAACCGCAGGAAUGAUGGUGAUAACUACAACAGAAGGAACGAUGGUGGCGAGAACUUCAACCGCAGGAACGAUGGUGGCGAGAACUUAAACCGCAGGAACAACUUCAGAAAUCACAAUGAGUUCUCUGGUCGUGGACGGGGGCCACCUCCACCAGGGAAUGGUUACCACCAGAAUGGGAAUGGUCUCCACCCAGCUCGACCCUUCCAGAAUGGGAACGGGAGGUUCGGCCGUGUCAACAGUGGCCCUAAGCAAUCGCCAGUUGCUGUGUAGAGGCAUCAGGCGUCAAAGUAGGAUGCUUAAGGCUACAUUCAAGUGAGUGUAAGGAUUAUUUCUAGUAGGAGCAUUGCUGAUCAGACAGCUUCCAGGGGCAUCUCAAAUUCUUUUGUACUGUGUUGGGGUCGCUACAAGUUUAGUAGUGGCAGUCGUCCAUUGAUGGUAGGUGAAUUUUGUUGCCGUUGAUAAGCUUAUCAACUGGUUGUUGGACUGGUGGUCCGUAACUUGUGUCAUCUGCCGAUCAGGAUUGGGAGAUUGGACACUUAUCUUAUGAAGUGGCGCAUACAGAAAUUUGUGCCCAUGUUUACUACCGUUGUUAGUGUAGGAGAGGCAAUGCGCUUGUUGCUAUAUCUUUA